GUGCGCAUGCGCAGGAGCAUAGUCGGGUUGGUGAAUCGUGAGCCCUGAAUCCUUGCGUCUGGAAAGGCCGAAAGUUCGAUGCAAGUCGCGUGGUGGUUCGUGGGCGAAUGGCUACAAGCUGGUAGGCAUUGUGGAAGAAUAUUAGCUGGUGCCAGCUGGGGAAUGGGCCAGGACGGCGAUGGCGACGGAGACGGGAAGAGGCAGUGGCAGCGCCGAUGCGAACCAAGUCAGCCGGUUGGAUUGGAGUGGCGGACGCGUUUGCCUCGCCGUUAAUUCAGGCUUCUCUCUCAGUAGUGUUCGGAGUGCUCAGCGUGCUCAGAAGUGCUCAGCAGUGUACUGGCCGGUACCGGCAGUACUAAGAGAGACGUGGAAGCGAGAGCACGCGAGAUACACACGGGUUCGAGUGCACUUCAGCUGCAGUUUACCUGCUAUAGGCAGCUGACCGAGCCUCCUGAUUUAUUUCUCUUUCUUUCUCACGCGUUCUCUUGCUUGUCGGAUAAGAUAGGCAGAAAGAAAGCAACAGGGAAAAGAGAAGAGAUACUGGGAUACCGAACCGUGGAUGAGUACUUGGCACAUCGUCAUUUCUCAGUUGAUAAAUAUAAUACUGAAAAGUCGAUGCUCGCAGACGAUACUCGGAGCAGAAUUCUCUGAGGAAUUCUGACUCCUCGAAGCGUCCGUCUCUUGGUUCCUGGCAAACGUCGAUAUUGCUAUAUUCGAAUCUCCUGUUACACGUGGAGUUUUUUAUCCGUGUCCUCUGUGAAUUCGUGAUUUGUGUACUCAAUGCUAGUGCAACGACUGGAAUAUCUCUGUUGACGGAUCCCGAAGGUUCCCGAAGGUCUCCGAGCCGGCCGUAUACCAGAAUCGGAAUCGUAUUUCCACGGACGAGGUUAACCUACGAGGACGAUAUACUCCCUUGGACGUUUUCACGAAGCUAGCCGAGUGCCCGGAUGAUAUUUCAUCGCACCAAGAGACUCUCGGCAAAUAGACGUCACCACGUGACGCGUUAGACCUUACAGCCGCUUUUAAUACGAUGAGCAUCGACUCGCAGCUUUUCCAUUGAAAUGCUCGACGAUUUUAUUGGGUAAAAUCGGCGCGUGGAGCAUCUGCUGGAAUAACGACUAAGGAGGGGGACACACCUGGGCUGCAGAAUCAUUUAUGAAUGGAUGGAGGCGCGACGGAGAGUGCGGCAGGAGGAUCGACUGCUGAUCUGGGAGGUUUGGAAGGAUGGUGGAACACUUCGGGCAUUGCCAUCUGGAGUCUUGUACUCUUUGGCUCCUUCCUCCUCAACGCUGUCCUCCUUCUUGUCUUUCUCAAACGGCCCGGACUCCGCACCAUUUCAAACAGAUUCGUGAUAAAUCUGACCGCAUCGAAUCUGCUAACCUGUUUACUCCUGACGCCAUUACUAAUAAUGGAUGCACCAUCCACCUCGUCCUCGAAGAGUCUCUGCACGGUCUCGGAAGGCGCCACGGCUCUAGUGACUUCCUCCUCAGUCCUGUCGGUUUUCCUAAUCGCCCUGGACCAGUACUUCGCCGUAGUAGAUCCCCUCCGAUACCGCACUCGUAUCGAUAAGUUCAAGUGCGGUAUGCUCAUCCUCUUCGUCUGGAUCCUGGCCAUCCUCUUCGGACUCCUGGCCACCAUGAAUCCUCAUCCUCGAAGUAUCUGGCUGUUCUGCAGCGACAACAAUUUCAGCAACCAGCCGAACUUCAGUCUGAACUCGAGCCUGGACCUGACCAUAGAGUCCAGCAUCCACCUGGUGAACGACACUGGGGACUACAACGUGGCGAGCGAAUGGAGAAUAACCGAACGGGAGGACAUCGGGGGUUCUAGAAUCGUGGAGGAGGAAGUGGACCUGGUGGAGCAUUCGACGCCCUUACCCGAUGGGAGCUUCCUCGAGAAGUUCGGCGAUGCCCAAGUGAGCGUCCUGACCGUGGGAGGCUUCCAGAGCAGCUACGGUCUCAUCUACACCGUCGUCUACGCACUGCUGGCCUACUUGCUUCCGUUCCUGGGUGUCUGCUGGAUCUAUAUAAGCAUCUAUUCAGCAGCUCAUAAGAAUUCAGAGCGCGCCAGGAGGACGGGCUCGGGGCCCAUGCUCUCAUCGGCGAGCUUCUGCGAGGAAUAUUGCUCGGUGAGGCAGGACGCCUCCGCGAGCGACUUCCGCAGGAUACCGAAGAUCUCGAGUCUCUCGUCCAUCGACGAGAGCAUCGAGACGACGGCUAGUCAAAUUCCCAGAAGAAGGUCGGAGCUGGUGCUGUCCUCGACGAUCGACGAGGAACCCUCGACGGUCGUCUUCACCGUCGGCUCUCAGAAGGUCGACGUCACUCCGCAGAAAUCGCAGCCACCGGAAGCCAAAGAUACUACGAAAGUUCCUAUCUCGACUUUGAGGGCCAAGUUCCUCGACAAGUGCGCGGAGGACCGUCCCACGGAGCAGCUGGUGCGUAGCAAGUUCCACGACCGACCGGAUGACAGGCGCAAGUCAUCCCAUGAUCUCAUGUACGAGGAAAUGCUGCGACGCGAUCUCUCGCACUUGGUUGACAUGCGCAUGGAUGGGUCGCUGAGCGGCAACAGCAGUCAGGACGAGGAUGAGGAUGACGAGGAUGAUUGCGUCGGGGACGACGACGACGACGAGGAGAACGAGUACGAGGGGAUGUUGAAUUUCGCCAAGGGCCGUCAUCUUCGUGACAUCGAAGUGUCCAAGUGUCUGAAUUCUGUUAACGACGAGAGCACCAAGUGUCUUCGGCGGGACGAGAAGGAGUUCCUGAGGACGUCGACGAUGGCGCAGUCCACUGAAGAGUUCAGCAGUUUGAACGAAAGACGAGCUGAUCCGGACCUGGCCGCUCAUCUCGAAGUACAAACUAGUCUGUUUGCUCGCGCCAGCGAGCCCACGGCUGCUUCGAAGCUUCUGGGUACAGUACAAAAUAGUCAUAGAGCGAGUAAGUCUAAGAGCCAGCACGGCCACCUUCCUGGAGGAAGGAUGAUCAGCCGAUUGCUUAAUAUAAAUCACCGAAUGGACUCGAACGGCUUCGAGGCAUCGGAUGUGGAGGUCCAGCCUGCUAGACUCUCGGCAGGCAACUACCUCGAGGUCAACUCCUCGAGUUCACUGCUGACGACAUCAGCGGGUACUCCCAUGGUGACAGUGACACCGCCUAACAAGGUCCCGCUUCACAGGGUCUCCAGCAUCAGGAGUACCUCCAGCUACAUCAACUCUCUCAAGUAUAGGAUUAGCAACGGUAGCUUAUUUAAGUAUCGAGAGGAGACCAGGGCGGCCAGAGUGAGCGCCCUGGUAAUCGUGAUGGGUCUUAUCUGUUGGACGCCCUACGUCGUCGUCCUGAUCCUCCGUAACUUACCGGACUUUGCCGAGCAGCGCGAGAUGUCGCACAAGUACGACGUGGUGGCCCUGAGCUUCCUUAUACUUGCGGCCUACGUCAGUCCUCUACUGUUCGGCUACCGGUCCAGGCGAGUUCAGAGAGAGCUCAGGAAGAUCUUCUGCUUCAAGAAGGAGCUGUCCUACAAGAACAACAGGAGUCUCAUGGCCAAGAAGAUCCUGAAGAGACGUCACAGCAGCAACCUCAGCCAAUUGGAAAUGGACACCAAGUACAACAUCUUCAACUGCGUCUACGGGAAGAAUCGAUGGCCCAAAGAGAAGGUCCAAUUUAUGCAGGUACCCGAGACGGCCCUGGCGGUCGAAACCUGCAGGAGCAGCUUCUCCAGCGGUGCCAGCACACAAAUUUCUACCACGUCCACCGAAGAAUCUUGAAGGAUCGACGACUAGACUCGGAAGUCGAUUAAUUGGCUCGACCCAUUUACCGGAUCAACAAACAAAGAAACAUGCGUUUGGCCAGAGUCGCUUUGCGUCUUAAGCGACUUCAUUGACGUAAUGUAACGCGAUAAAGCCACGCUUAACGUAUGGAUUCCCUCGUACUUAACAUCUACUUAAUAUUAAUGAAUCUAUGCAAAAGUGCUCGAGUCUUCUUUAAAUCAAACGUCACGCAUAUCAAUUUCGUAUAUGUUUUUUUUAAAUAUUCUUCCUUUGCUAUUUAUUAUGGACGCUUGCUGUAAGUUUCCAAUAUGUACUUGCGACCAAGACAACUUGUGCUGAGGAGCAGGAGGAACCUUAGGCGAGAGAGAAAAAGAGAAAGAGAGAGCAUAUGUGACUGUGUGUAUGUGCAUGAGAGAGUGAGAGAGAGAGAGAGAGAGAGAGACUUCCAUGACAGUUUUCCAAACUAUUAUUGUGAAGUACAUCAAAGUUUUAAUUGCCCGUGGCCGAAUAGCUAAAAGCUCUUGCACAAUUUCCUACCGAACAAUCGUUACUAGAGAAUCAUUUAAGCGUCUACCAGCCAAUCGCGCUUAUCCAUUUGCGUGCGGAAGACGUAUUUACGUAAAAAGAUUUGAAAAACAAUUGUACGUAUACAUUAUACAGUAUAGUCAAAACGUCUCGAAAUGAACUUUCCUAUCUUAAGGAAAAAAUUUUGGGCGAGAUAUCGUUUCGAAUUCUUUUUGUUUUGCAAUUAAUGCGACUCCGAUACCAAGAUAUUUUUUCUUUCGGACAUUAAAAAGCAAUUAUCGAGGAUGCAUUUGCCGUAAAUAUUAUUAUAAUAUGGUAGCGAGGUAGAUACGUGUAUUAGGUAGGUACGUUUCGUGUAUGCGCGUAAAUGUGUGCUGUUAGCAAUAGCAAAAUGCCUGUAUCCCUUUGUAGAUCGUAUAGAGAGAAUCUAGAUCGUCCAGAACGCGUGCACGUGCGAAUGGAACGCAGCAGUGUGAUUUCCUAUGGCGUAAAAUAUAACGUUAUCUGUAAAUAUGUAUAGCAUUUCAUGACAGAGACGACGUGGGAGAUUCUUAAUUUGUCAUAAUUAAUUUUGUACAUUACAAAUGUCUUUGUUUAUUUAUAUUAAAUAAUCUGUAUAUAAGAUGAACGAUCAUAUAAAACAAAAUUCUUACCACAUCCAUCGUCAUCGUAUCCCUCGUUCCUCUACCUUCUUAUUGUCAUUCCCUUGCUGCUACGUAAAUCCAUUGGUAUAUAAUCGUACUGUAAUACUUUUUAAUUCUAAUACUUUAUAUUAUAACGUAUAUUUUGUACACCCGUCUUCGACUACCUGAUACGUAGAGGGCAAUUCUCCUAAACUUGUGAUAACCCAAAUACCAAUCAAUCGUCAAUCAUAAUCUUAAUUAACUUAUGCGACUUUUAUUAAUAAACAUUCAUUAAAAACUUAA